AUGGCUCUCAGCAGCGAGCACUUCGGUGCCAUUCUGGGGAGAACCGUUAAAGUCACCUUAAAAUGUGGCGUCUUCCAGGGGGUGCUGCAGCACGUGAACCCCGACCGGAGCCUCCUCCUGCGGACAGUGAAGAACUUGGAAACUGGCAGAAGCACUCCAGGAGUAAAGAUGUUUUUUGGCCGUGAAAUAGUCAAUGUGGAAUUGCUGGAUGAACCAGAUUCAGGAAGGGGAACAGCAGUGCUCUCUGAGUGCACUUCAGCUGUUGAAGGGAACAAACAAGCAGACACAGGACCAGCAGAUUGUGGCCCAUGGAGUUCUCCUUGCGUUUCCCUAGAGAGCCAGCUCAGAGCCUCAAAUAGCUUAAAAUACUCCCUCUCAGAGAAGAAGGAAGAAGAGAAUGUGGAGUACACAGUUGUUGAUUGUUUCCAGCAGAAAUUUGGCCCAGCAGUGCUGCACCUAAAACAGCAGUGUGUUGUCAGUAUAGCAGGAGAAGGUGUUAAUUUGUGUCGUCAUGGAAAACUCUCAUGGCUUGAGAUAGCAACAAAGAGACGUAUUUUUCUAUUUGAUAUCUUCCUUCUGGGACCUCAGGCUUUCAAAAAUGGAUUACAAAUGGUGCUGGAAGAUAAAAACAUCUUGAAGGUCAUGCAUGACUGCCGCUGGAUCUCAGACUGCCUCUUUCACCAGUACGGCGUCCUUCUCUUCAAUGUCUUUGAUACGCAGGUUGCUGAUGCUCUGCAGUUCUCAAUGGCAACAGGCGGCUUCUUUCCGCACCGUGUCUGCACGUUACAGGAGUGUUUGAUGCAGCACUUGAAGAUACCUUCCAAAUGGGAUGCCAUCAUGAAGUGCAGGCAGCAAAUGGCUUCAGAGAAUCCUGACAUAUGGUUCUUGAGACCCUUUCCAGCUUCUCUGCUUAAAGCGCUUGCUCUGAAGGCUAUGUACCUUCUGCUGCUCCACUCAUCUCUAAUGGAUAACUUGAUGUCUGAUCUAACAGCUGUAGUACAUGAUUAUUUAAAUGCUUAUCGGACUGGGUCUGGAGAUCACUUUGGGAGCACAAAGCCCACUUGCAUGGAGCUGCCAGAGGAGCUGCGUCAGCUGGCAGAUCUCCAGAAGCUGCGAAGGGAGAAAGCAAUAAAAGACUACAGAAUGAAUGAGGAUGGUCUUUUGAUCAGACCAGCCAUGGAAUUAAAAGAGAGAAAUGAUCCACAGAAGGAUGGAAACUACAGAGAUGACGGGGAUUGCUUUCCCACAAAUAAAGCGGUGUCUCAAAUUACAUCCUUCUACAAUCAGGAUGUACUUUGUCAAGAAAAGAUUGAAAAUCAAAAUCAGGUGGUAAAUCUGUGGAAGAACCUUAAACCGACCUCAAGCUGGCUGUACGAAUCUAAUUUCUGAUACAGGUGACUUGAUGAGCUUAGACUGGGUAUUUGAAGACAUCCAAAUGAAAAAAGGGGCUAUUCCCCAUGCAGAAGUGUCAAACAAAAGCUCCUGUCUUUACAAUGACAGGUAAACCCAUUGUUGAAUGGAAAUAAUGAUGGUCUUUCUUUCGAAGAAAAUUCCUUCUGUGUCUGACUGUUCUUCUCGAGGUCUCUUUUUGAGAUCCAUUUUUUUCAAGAGCUAUUUCUGAUUUUAAAACAGUGACUUUUGUUUUUCUUGCAUUGUUAUUAGACCAAUGUCUUAAAUUGUAUUGGUUCUUUUGUUACCUGUUGCAGGUAUGUAAAACUCUCAUUCAAUCCAGAUAUGUAAACAGGGGAGCUUAUAAGAUGCCUGUUCAUUGAGAUUAGAAAGGGUUUGCUUGGAAAAAUUAAAAAGCCUUCUGGCCAACCCAUGUGGGCUUGGUUUAUAUACAGAUAAGUCUCUCGGCAUAGCUAUACAACAGUCUUUCAUAGGAGAGUGAAAAAGAUCGCACCCUAAUGAACCACUAUGCUGGCAAAAACAGCAAAGAGGUGUACUAAUCAAAAGGACUUUUCUGCCAAGUCAGAUUUAUUUUAGGCUGAGAAAAGAAGCUUCCUGCUGAAAGUUGCACGCCACCGUUGUUCGUCAGCGCUGCUGUAUCAAACUCAUGUAGAGGAGGCUGUAACACUAAUGUGGUGUGUAUAUAGACAAGUGUGUAUAAAGGGGGGGAAAAAGCAGUUAAAUUAGUUUAAAAGAUGUAUAGCAUUCCCCCCCAAGCAAAAUAAGAUAUAAAGGCAAACCCAGUUUAUUUCCAGUUUACUUGCUUUGCCUGGUAUUCACUAAAAGUAAAGCUCCUCCAACUGACAGUGCUAUGCUACCACAUGACAAAAUUAGUGGUCAGGCCAUGCCUGAGUCUUGGAACAUUUUUUUGGCCUAUAACUGUAUUUGACUUGCAAGCACAGGACUGUUGAAAAUUCUUUGCUUUUGAAUUCUGAAUUUAUACACAUCUAUGUAUUUAAAUACAUAAAAAAUACUGCAUGUUUUGCCAUUCGAAUGCUUCAGACAGGGUGGGGACACCUUAAUCAAGUAUAAGGAAGGUUUUGUUCUCAGGGUUGUGGCUGUGAGUAUCAGUGAAUGCUGAUGAACAACAUGAAAUAGGGAAGAAUGGAAGAGAGAACGGUCACUGUCCCAACCAGACUGCAGUCCAAGAACGAUCUGGGCAUCAGGCUGCAAAUGUGUUAAUAGUAAUGACGCCAGGUUGCAAGGGACAUGAUGUCUGCAUGCGAGUAUGUACCAAUACCUGUUUGAGCUGUUUUUCUUUGGAUGUAAAUUGGUGUGACUAGAUGCUUAUGAUGUAUCUGUGUGCAUUUCUUCUAAAUAUUGUUAGGGGAAAUGUGUGUUGGUUUUUUGGUGUUUGGUUUUUUUGCCGCCUCCUCUCCGCAGAGUACUAGACCAGCAGUAUUUAAAUAGGUCUCUUCUUUGAAACUAUAGAUAGGACUUGCUCACUUCUGGGAGUGGCAGAAAAAUUGGCAGAAAAACUUCCAAUGUUUGCUCUUUGUCAGUACAUUUUCUACAUUUUUUUUUAAACCCUUAACAGUAUUCUGUAAUCAAACUGUAUAGUUCCUUUGUCUCAGUUCACUUGAAAAAAAUAAAACAGGUUUGAAACAAGUUUGUCUUACAACUUUUUA